AAGUUGCUAGAUUGCAUUUUAAUUAGUUUAGAGCUUUCGCUCUAAGAUUAAAUUAUCUGAUUAGGAAAAGUGUGUGGUAUUAACUUUGCAUAUUAGGCUACUACUAACGCACUUUUCGAAACAACGUAUCAACUACAGACUGAAUAGAUUCCAUUGUAGGAUUAGAGAUGUUUUGAUUAAUUGGAUUCAAGAAGUAUAUUGACUGAAGACGUGGGGUAUCGGAUUGAAUGUUUGUAAUGUAGAUUAGUUUAUGGUGAGCGUGUGUGUAUAUCGUUAACUGAGCUAUCGCCACAAAAUCGAGAACAACAUACGAGUCUACAUUCGCUGAGGCCUUAGAAGGAAAACUAACGAGAAAUGUUCUGAUAAUUAACUGUCUGAAUAGUUGGAAAAUGUAUAAUAGCAUGGAACUAAUAUAGAAUACAAAAAAUCUACAAAUUAGCUAACUAGGAAGUACAAUGAGCUCGACAGAAUCUAUUUUAUUGAUACCAGGCUGGAUUAGGUGUAAAUCUCUUGCGAUUUAAUUAGUCAAAUUGUAAAACACUAUUCCGCUUUUAUGUCGCUUAUCUCCAGGGAGUUCAGAAGAAUAGUCUGCCAAUAAUAUAAAGCGUUGACGCCGAUAUUAAAAAGGUAUUCUUGAUCAAUGAUUCAUUGAGAUCGUCAUUCUGAGCUCAGAGGCUUUGAGGAUGCAUUAGUGAGAGCACCAUGGAGGGUGAAAAACGUUUUCCUACUCUAGGGUAUGAAGUUAUGUUUCUGACAAACUUAUCAGUGGAUAUAUCACCAUUAAACGAGAGCUCUAGCUGGUCAGAUGGAUCGGAUAUGAACGUUUCUGGGCCAUGGGGGCGGGAUAUUUCAAAUCACACAACCGUAGAGUUGGUGUUGACGCCACAUAGUCUGCCGCACAUAGUAAUAACAUCCUUAGUAUUAGGUUUGAUGAUUUUAGCGACAAUUAUAGGAAAUGUAUUUGUGAUAGCAGCAAUAGCGUUGGAGAGGAGUCUUCAGGGGGUUGCUAAUUACCUAGUUGCCUCUCUGGCGUUGUGUGAUCUCUUAGUCGCUGCACUUGUCAUGCCCCUGAGCCUCAUUAGCGAGAUCAGCUCGGUGUGGUUUCUUGGCGCCCAACUAUGUAACAUGUACGUGUCGUUCGACGUCCUCUGCUGCACGGCCUCCAUCCUCCACCUUGUUUGCAUUGCCCUUGAUCGCUACUGGGCUGUUACUAGGAUCGACUACAUGCGAAGUAGGACUGCUAAACGUAUGCUUAUCAUGAUACUGAUCGUCUGGUUUCUCGCGGUAUGUAUCACAAUACCACCGCAUUUUGGACUAAAAUCCGAGCAGGACGACCCUGACGUCACGGGUGUAUGCAUGGUCAGCACGCACCUCGCAUAUCGUAUCUUCGCUACAAUAGGUGCGUUUUAUCUACCAUUGGUUAUCAUUCUUAUCAUAUACGGUAAAAUAUUCAAAGCAGCGAAAUCUCGAAUUCGGAAAAAGUCUUUUAGAGGAUACUGUGCGACUCCUAGCACAAUACAACAAAACAGCAAUGAUGUAGACGGAGAUGACUUAUCGGUAACGGAAAUAUCGCCGACAUGUAACAUCAGCGAUAGUCCGGAGAGAACAUGUGCCGAUAUGACAAACGGCGAUUCCCUAAUCGCAGAGAAUGGGAGACAAUCACGCCAAGGAAGCCCAAUAAAAUACACGAACGAUCACCAAUUACAAACUAAUGGAAAUAGUCUCAUUCCUUUAAAUAAUGGUUAUGACAGAAAUUACAACAAUAAAAAGAAAUUGUCAAAUGCUUUCCUACGAGUUGAUACAGUGAUAAAUACCAGAAAACGAAGGCAAAAACAGAAAGUUAAAUCUGAACGUUUGGAAAUAAAACGUGAAAGAAAAGCAGCUCGAACGCUAGCGAUUGUGACUGGCGCAUUUAUCGUGUGUUGGCUACCAUUUUUUAUUGGCGAGCUAGUUUCGCCGUUUUGUUCAACUUGUAACAUUCCUCCAGUGGUGCUGAGUAUCAUCAUGUGGCUGGGGUAUUUAAACAGUCUUCUAAACCCAGUAAUUUACACAGUGUUUAAUCCAGACUUUAGAAAAGCUUUUAAGAAAAUAUUGUUUGGAAAGUAUGGGAAGGCAAAAGUCCGAGGUCGGGGCUGCCAGAGAACGUCUGUUUCAAUGCUAAGUCCAAGCUAUCAACGAAAUUAACGAUAAUUGCUUUGGGAUCUCCAGAUCAAUCUUAGCCUAUUGCAAAAGAUUAGGCAUCGGUGAUAAGAAUGCACGAAUGGGUGAUUUUAUUACUAAAUUACCCAUGAUGCCAUUGUGCAUGCACGCCCACAUGUUCAAGUCCAUUAGCCAGAUAAGUCAUUCGAAAUGCAUAGUAAGUUAGCGGACACACUUUUGUACACUUAAUUGUUAUUUUUACAACGGGAAAAAUGUAAUUUACUUUUUAUUUCAUUGUAUAUAUACCAACUUUUUAUGAGGUCCCGAUUUGUGGAUUUUAUGAAAAAUUACUAUUUAGUUAGACAAUAAAAUUCCCAUUUAGUGCUGAUUUACAUGAGUUGAAAAUCCAUAGAGUGCUGAUAAGUUAAAAUACAGUUUUUAUAGGUAUUUUGAACUGAACGAAAAAUAUUCACAUGAAAUCAUUUUAUUCUACCUAAUGUUGAUAGCCAAGCAAAGAGUUUAUUUCCUAGCAAAAACUGGACAAUGUUGUAUCGCCAACCGAAAUAGCUGUGACACAUCUCCAUUUACAAAAUUACGGUUAAUUAGGGUCACUAUUUUUACUGAAAUGAUCAGUUAUAUUCCGCAGUAAUGCAAACAAAGCCAGUGCCACUGAUAAGAUCACU